CUGAUCGACAUGCCCAACGAGAUCCUUUCAACCAUCGUCGACUUGGCCGGAUCCGAAUCCUUACCAGCCCUACGCCUAACGAACAAACAACUCCGUGUAGUAUCCGAUACACCAUUCGCGACCACACAUUUCCUCGAACGCAGGCAUGUACAAACCGCAUUCAGCAUGAAUGGCCUGGCUGAAAUCACUGCCCACCCAUUCUUCGGCAAAUUUGUCAGAACGGUGAUAAUUAGC